CUUCCAGUCGGUCUCUCAAGUCUCCACUUCACCGUCCUUUUUUAUUCUCUCCCUUCAUAUUCCCUUUUUUUCUCUCUUGGGUUUCUUUCUACUUUCUCUCUCUCCCUCCUCCAUGGACCGGAGCGAAAAGCAUCAACAUCAGCAGCAACAACAACAGCUCUCUCUCGCCAAGAGCUCGCGGCAUCGUUGCAGCGAAUGGAUCUUCCGGGAUGUUCCAAGUGAUAUUACUUUAGAAGUGAGUGGGGGUACAUUCUCAUUGCACAAGUUCCCUCUGGUCUCUCGGAGUGGUCGAAUCCGGAGGCUAGUUGCGGAAUACAGAGAUUCCGAUGUCUCAAGGGUGGAGCUCCUCAAUCUACCAGGAGGCGCGGAGACAUUUGAGCUGGCAGCCAAGUUCUGCUACGGGAUCAACUUUGAAAUCACCUCGACAAACGUCGCGCAGCUCUGCUGCGUCUCCGAUUACCUCGAGAUGACCGAAGAGUACUCGAAAGACAACCUCGGCUCCAGAGCUGAAGAGUAUAUAGAGAGCAUAGUUUGCAAGAAUCUAGAGAUGUGCGUUGAGGUUCUUCAACAAUGCGAGAACUUGCUUCCUCUCGCGGACGAGCUCAAAAUUGUCAGCCGCUGCAUAGAUGCAAUUGCCUCGAAAGCCUGCGCCGAGCAGAUCGCCUCAAGCUUCUCGAGAUUGGAGUACAGCAGCUCAGGAAGGCUCCACAUGAACAGACAGGCGAAAUGCGAGGGUGAUUGGUGGAUAGAAGAUCUCUCAAUUCUCCGAAUCGACUUGUACCAAAGAGUUAUAACCGCGAUGAAAUGCCGCGGGGUUAGGCCAGAGAGCAUAGGGGCUUCACUAGUGAAUUAUGCUCAGAAGGAGUUGACAAAAAAAUCCAGCUUGUGGAAUCCCUCAAGCCAGACUAAAGUUGACGUGAUUUCGGGCUCGAACGAGCACGAGAAGCUAGUGGUUGAGGCCAUCGUCGGGCUAUUGCCCGUUGAGAAACUUGCCGUUCCGAUCAGCUUCCUAUUUGGGCUGCUGCGAAGCGCGGUGAUGCUAGAUUGCAGCAUUGCUUGUAGGCUCGAUCUAGAGAGGAGGAUUGGGUCCCAGUUGGAUAUUGCCACUCUUGAUGAUCUUCUAAUACCGUCUUUUAGGCACGCAGGGGACACUUUGUUUGAUGUGGACACGGUGCAUAGGAUUUUGGUGAAUUUUUCUCAGCAAGAUGAUAGUGAAGAGGACAUGGAAGACGCCUCGGUUUUCGAAUCCGACAGCCCUCAUUCGCCCACACAGUCUGCUCUGUUUAAGGUUUCGAAAUUGGUGGACAAUUACCUAGCGGAAAUCGCUCCGGACGCGAACCUCAAGCUUCCGAAAUUCAUGGUCAUUGCGGACACUUUGCCGGCUCAUGCACGAACCAUUCAUGAUGGGUUGUACCGAGCCAUUGACAUUUACCUAAAAGCGCAUCAAAACUUGUCGGAGACAGACAGAAAGAAGCUCUGCAAACUGAUCGAUUUCCAGAAGCUCUCGCAGGAGGCGGGCGCGCACGCGGCGCAGAACGAGCGCCUCCCUCUGCAGUCGAUAGUGCAAGUCCUCUACUUCGAGCAGAUCAGGCUGAGAAACUCCCUCUGCAGCUCCUACGGCGGCGGCGGCGGCGACGACGACAUCGACCCCAAGCCGAUCAUGCACCAGUCGUGGAGAAUCAGCAGCGGAGCUCUCAGCGCCGCCAUGUCGCCCCGUGACAACUACGCCUCGCUGCGGCGGGAGAACCGCGAGCUCAAGCUCGAGCUGGCGAGGCUGCGGAUGCGGCUCAACGACCUCGAGAGAGAGCACGUGUGCAUGAAGAGGGACAUGGAGAAGUCCAACUCUAGGAAGUUCAUGUCUUCUUUUUCAAGGAAGAUUGGUAAGCUCAGUUUCUUUGGGCACAGUUCUUCCAGGGGAUCCAGUUCUCCUUCCAAGCAAUCGUAUAGGACUGAUUCUAAGGUCAUUGAGAGAACAUGUGCAUCUACAGAUUAGUAUAUACAUACAUAUAGUUUGGUAUAUUUUCAGGUUUUUUUUUUUUUUUUUGCCUCCCUUCUAUUUGUUGAUUAACUGCAAAUCAUGCUAGUUGUAAUGACACUUUUGUGUAUGUUUUCCUCUUCUUCUUC